UGCAAGCACUUUCAGAAGAAAAAAGGAUCAAACAUUCUUUGUCUUUUGGGUGUGGGUUUUUUUAUAUACCUGGGUAAUAUGCAUAGAUCUGGAGCAACGAUGGCGUGGAACGUGUUCAGGUUUUGUACGGCUCUGAGGGGUCUGGGCUCGAUCAUGAUCCUCUUGGUUUUAGGGGUUGUGGGUCUCACUUACUACUCUGUCGUUUUGGCCGUUUAUGGCCCUGCUUUGUUCGACGGCGGCCUUGAUUCCCUUGCUGCACUUGUCGUUUUGAUCUUGUUUCAUUGUCUGCUGGCAAUGCUGUUAUGGAGUUACUUUUCUGUUAUUUUCACUGAUCCGGGUAGCAUACCGGCUAACUGGAGGCUAGAUUCGGAUGAGGAGAGAGGGGAGACUGACCCUUUGAAUGGUUCAGAGUUCUCCACUUUGCACGAAAACCCUUCGAAUAAAAGAAUUAGAUAUUGUCGGAAGUGCAACCAGCUGAAACCACCUCGCUGCCAUCAUUGUUCUGUUUGUGGACAGUGUGUGCUAAAGAUGGACCAUCAUUGCGUGUGGGUUGUCAAUUGUGUCGGUGCAUUAAAUUACAAAUAUUUCCUUCUUUUCUUGUUUUACACAUUCCUCGAGACGAGUCUUGUGACUUUGGGUUUAUUGCCUCAACUCAUUGCAUUCUUUAGUGAUGUGGAAAUUCCGGGAACUCCUGGAACCUUGGCUACCACUUUCCUUGCCUUUGUUUUGAAUCUGGCAUUUGCAUUGAGUGUCUUGGGCUUUUUGAUCAUGCACAUAUCUUUGGUGGCUGCUAAUACAACAACUAUUGAGGCUUAUGAGAAGAAAACCGCUCCAAAAUGGCGUUAUGACCUUGGUCGGAAGAAAAAUUUCGAACAGGUGUUUGGAACAGACCAGCGAUACUGGUUCAUUCCAGCUUAUUCAGACGAGGAUUUACGACGAAUGCCAGCACUUCAGGGCCUCGAAUAUCCAUCAAAGCCUGAUUUUGAUUCACAGGAGUUCUAAAAGGAAAUUUGGAGAAUUUUUAUUAGUAUAUCAACGGGGAAGGCUGGUGCAUCGCUCCUCUUGCCUUGUAUUCUAACAGGAUAUUACACUGCGGCCGGUGUCGGCGGCGAAUCGCUCAUUCCUCUGGCAUCUUCAUGUAGGAAUAUCAUGGAAAGCAGCAUUGCAUAGGGUUGUGAAAAUGGUGGUGGGAACUGGCAAGUUGAGUUUCAAUUUUAUGUAAUGACUUCUGAUUAUAUUUUCGAAACCC